CUUCACGUUACUUAUCAAAUGGCAAAGAGAUUAUGACCAGACAUUUACGGAAUUCAGAUCAGGUUCUAAGUUGCUUGGCUCUAUCCUAGGUGUUCUUUGAAUUUAGCUUUUAACAGUACCUUUGUUAUCCUGGAUAAGCAACGAGGCAGAGUUUAGGACCCAGGGAUUAUUCUUAUUUUUGGCUUGCAGCCUGUGACAGCUGACCGAAAAUCAAUGAAGUGUACUUUAAGAAGCUUCGCUGUGGUGCAAGAUAAGGCUCAAAUGCUAUUCUUCCCGUUUCCAGCCUAUUAGCCAUUGCAGUUUAGAAUCAUUGUGUCUAAACUCGUAUCUUUGGGUGGAAGUUGUUUGCCUAUGAAAAGCAGGAGAUCCAGCUGCAGAUGUUGUUGCGAGGAUGGGGGUUCCUGCUUUUAUUAUAGCGUCCCUCCUUCUUUGCACUAACAGUUCAGCUUUUACUGUGUCCAGCUCAUUUGCCGAGAAUGAAGAUGCACUUUUGCGGCACUUAUUUCAAGGGUAUCAGAAAUGGAUCAGACCCGUGAAACAUUCCAAUGAUACCAUAAAGGUGUACUUUGGAUUAAAGAUAUCCCAACUAGUAGAUGUGGAUGAAAAGAAUCAGCUGAUGACAACUAAUGUAUGGCUGAAACAGGAAUGGAUUGACCAAAAAUUGUGCUGGAAUCCGGAGGACUAUGGUGGAAUCACCGCAAUUCGAGUUCCAUCUGAAUCUCUCUGGCUCCCAGAUAUUGUUUUGUUUGAAAAUGCUGACGGGCGCUUUGAAGGUUCCUUGAUGACAAAAGCAAUAGUCAAAUACAAUGGGAUAGUAGUCUGGACGCCCCCAGCCAGUUAUAAAAGUUCCUGCACUAUGGACGUUACCUUCUUCCCAUUCGACAGACAGAAUUGCUCGAUGAAAUUCGGAUCAUGGACCUAUGAUGGCAACAUGGUGGACCUAAUUUUAGUAGAUGAAAAUGUGGACAGGACGGAUUUUUUCGACAAUGGAGAAUGGGAAAUCCUAAAUGCCAAGGGGAUGAAGGGAAACCGAAGAGACGGGUUGUAUUCCUACCCUUUCAUUACCUAUUCUUUUGUUUUAAGACGGCUCCCAUUGUUUUACACUCUCUUCUUAAUCAUCCCAUGUCUGGGAUUAUCUUUCUUGACUGUGCUUGUUUUCUACUUGCCUUCUGAUGAGGGAGAAAAACUCUCACUGUCGACCUCGGUUUUAGUCUCCCUUACUGUUUUUCUCUUAGUCAUUGAAGAAAUCAUCCCCUCUUCCUCCAAAGUCAUCCCCUUGAUUGGUGAGUACUUGCUGUUCAUCAUGAUUUUUGUCACCCUGUCCAUCAUCGUGACUGUUUUUGUAAUCAACGUGCACCAUCGUUCCUCGGCCACCUACCACCCGAUGGCUCCUUGGGUGAAGAGGCUCUUCCUUCAGAAACUCCCCAGGCUGCUCUGCAUGAAAGGACACGUAGAUCGCUAUUCAUUCUCUGAUCCCAAAGGGACAUGGAAAGAAAAGCCGACGAGGAAACAUAAACACAAACAAUGCAAAGAUGGAGAAAAAAUUGUGAUUGCCUUCCUGGAAAAGGCUGCUGAUUCCAUCAAGUAUAUCUCUGGGCAUGUGAAAAAGGAACACUUCAUUAGGCAGGUGGUGCAAGACUGGAAGUUUGUAGCUCAGGUCCUUGACCGUAUCUUCCUAUGGCUAUUUUUGGUGGUGUCUGUGAUGGGCUCUGUUCUUAUAUUUACUCCUGCUUUAAAGGCGUGGUUGCAAAGUGGAAGUAGUAUUGUCUAGAAAUAAGAACACGGGAAUCUGCAGAAGGAAGGAAGGAAGGAAGAAAGGAAGGAAGGAAGGAAGGAAGGAACUGCAUAGGCUCAGAGUCAACACAGGUGCAUACUGAACUGGAAAUGACACUGCCAUUGGUGGCAAUUGUUCUUGUUGAUGAUUGUACCCUCCAAUCAACUUUUAAGACUGAAUCCUGUUCUCGCUUACCUGAAAGUCCUGUGAACUAAAUUGCAUUUACUUCUGAGUAGAUAACCAUAGGAUGGCACUGUUAGCCUUUCAAAUUGUUGCACAGUUGAAGACAUCUAAUUCUGUAUCUGUAGAUAUUUAUCAGCUAAUACAGAUACAGUCACCAUUGAAUGAUAAGCCUCUAUGUAUUCAAGCACAUAAGCCAGACCUAUGUUGACCACAAACAUAUUGAUUUUGCAUCAGUUUAAACCAUUGCAAAACCAAAGAAUCCUUGGACUUGUAGUGUGUUGUGUUGAGGAUUCUCUGUGAGGAGUUCCUAACACUUCUC